AUGGAGGGCCUGGGCCGCUCGUGCUUGUGGCUGCGCCGGGAGCUGUCGCCGCCGCAGCCGCAGCUGCUGCUCCUGGACUGCCGCAGCCGCGAGAUGUACGAGUCGGCGCGCAUCGGCGGGGCGCUGAGCGUGGCCCUGCCCGCGCUGCUGCUGCGCCGCCUCCGCCGGGGCAGCCUGUCCGUGCGCGCGCUGCUGCCGGGGCCGCCGCUGCAGCCGCCGCCUCCCGCCCCGGUGCUGCUGUACGACCAGGGCGGGGGCCGCCACCGCCGCGGGGAUGCCGCCGAGGCCCAGGCCGAGGCCCAGGCUGAGGCCGAGGAGUGGGAGCCCGAGUCGGUGCUGGGCACUCUGCUCCAGAAGCUGCGGGAGGAAGGCUACCUGGCAUACUAUCUACAGGGUGGCUUCAGCAGAUUCCAGGCUGAGUGCCCUCAGCUGUGCGAAAGCAGCCUCAGCAGCCGUGGCGGAGCCAGCAUGGCCAUGGUGCCCAGUCCAGUGGUGGGGCUGGGCAACCUGUGCCUGGGCUCUGACUGCUCCGACGGGGAGUCUGAACCCGACCGAGACUCCAUGAGCUGCGGCCUGGAUUCCGAGGGUGCCACGCCCCCCCCAUCGGGGCUGAUACCAUCCUUCCCGGUCCAGAUCCUGCCCAACCUCUACCUGGGUUGUGCCCGAGAUUCGGCCAAUGUGGAGAGCCUGGCCAAGCUGGGCAUCCGCUACAUCCUCAAUGUCACCCCCAACCUCCCUAACCUCUUUGAGAAGAAUGGCGACUUUCACUACAAGCAGAUUCCCAUCUCGGACCACUGGAGCCAGAACUUGUCCCAGUUCUUUCCUGAGGCCAUUGCGUUCAUUGACGAAGCCUUGGGCCAGAACUGCGGGGUGCUUGUCCACUGCCUGGCGGGCGUCAGCCGCUCCGUCACCGUCACCGUGGCCUACCUCAUGCAGAAGCUCCACCUCUCCCUCAACGACGCCUACGACCUGGUUAAGCGCAAGAAGUCCAACAUCUCGCCCAACUUCAACUUCAUGGGGCAGCUGCUAGACUUCGAGCGCAGCCUGCGCCUGGAGGAGCGUCGCGCCCGCGGUCGGGGCAGCGGGGGGCAGGAGUCCGCCACCUCGGACCCGCCCUCCUUCUUCACCACCCCCACCAGCGAUGGGGUCUUUGAGCUCGACCCCACAUAA